UGUGGUGGGAGAGUUAUAAAGAGGCUCUUCGAGGGUCAUUGCACACAUGAUCAACUUCCUGUUUUAAGAAUACACCAUCAGCCAUCUUGAUGUUUGCUACGAUGGCAGUACAUCACUUGUUUGCGUCCUUCAUCCUUCUCCUUAUCUCAAACACAGGGUCCAGUGCUGAGAUCUCUGUGUUUGUUCAGACGAGAGAUUCUGUUCAUCUGGAGAUACAGACACAAGAACUACCAGAGUUUGAUGAUUUAUCAUGGAGUAAUGAAAAAUCAGAGAAUAUAGUUACAUAUACAAGUGAAACUAAAAGAGUUAGACUCUACAAGGACAGAGUGGAUUUCAAUAAUAAAACCUUCUCUCUGACACUGAAGAACACACAGAAGACAGACAGUGGACUCUACACAGCAAGAACAACUGGAGAAUCAAACAAGAACAUUGUUACAUACAGAGUAUCUGUUAUAGACGCUGUGGAGGCUCCUGUGCUGACUGUGAACUCAAACCGGUCCAGCAGUGACUCCUGUACUGUGAACUUCACAUGCAGAACUCAUGAGCUCAAGAUUGACUCUAGCUAUCAGAACAACAGAUGCUCUCCACAGGAAGUGACAUCACAGAUCAACACUAUCAUCCUGGACUGCAGUGAGGAAUCCAUCAUCUGUAACCACAGCAACCCUGUCAGCUGGAAAGAAGACAGAAUAAACAUUACACAGCUCUGUGAAGAUAAUGAAAGAAGAUUCCCACUCUCCUAUGCUUCGUCUUCCAUGACUGUGCUCAUUAUUGUGUGUGUUGUUGUGGCAGUGAUAGUGUUUGCUGGUUUGGUCCUUUAUUGUUACUGCAAAAAUAUAAAAGGUGUCAAACAGGCUGAAGAUACAGACUACGAUGAUGUUGAGACUCUGACCCAGAAGAUGACAGGAGAUACAUGGACCACUGUCACCUACUGUACAGUAGGACAGUAAUAGCUUCAUCUGCUCAUGACCGCUGAAGCUCAGACUGAACUGAGUUAAAAACACUCUGAUGAUUAACUGCACUCACAAACAGAGCUUCGAGUCUGAAUCUAACCAGCGGACUCAGUGACGCUUGUUGGAAAUGUACAGGCACUCUUCAGUCAGUUACUGCAGAAUACUUCUGGAAUGUAGUCAUGCACAUUGUGUUUUUAUGCUAUUUGAACUUGGGUUUCUUGGCUAGGAUUUAAAUGAAUAAGAACAUUUUAAUGUAGUAUUAAAAAACCUCUCCCCUUGUUAAUUACAGGUUAUGUUUUAUAAUACUUUACAAUAAACUCGUUCUCUAAUGAGCUCUGUGA